AUGACCUCCGACAUAAACAAGCUGCACCUGGAACUACUCCAUAACUUCACCACCUCAACAUGUCUCACUCUUAAUAGCGACACAACAAUCAGGGACUUAUGGCGAAUCAGUGUCCCGCGGCUGGCACUGGAAUUUGACUUUGUCAUGUACGCUGUGUUAGCCUUAUCAGCGCUGCAUCUGGCACGAUUUUCCCCAGAACGAUACGAAUAUUUAGUUGCGCAGGCCGCAAUCCUCCACCAAAACGGCCUCCGUCUUGCAACAACAAUUCUGCCAGACGUCACCCCAAAAAAUUGCACCGGUGUCUACAUAUUCACAGCGAUGACCUGCCUGAUAACGCUGGCAAGUCCCCGAAAGCCGGAGGAUAUUCUCCUCGUCGGAGAUUCCGGGAUUUCGGAAUGGCUCCUCCAUUUCCGUGGAACUCGCUCGGUGAUGAAUAGGUCGAGAGAAAUUAUACUCUCGGGACCCAUGGGACCGAUGCUCUUAGCUGGCCGACAGAGAAGGACGCUGAGGGCAGAGAUGGCUAUCAAGCAAACUAGGGAAACGGAACAACUCGAGAUACUCAACAAUCUUAUAAGAGGGAGCGUAACCGACCCAUCAGACGUCCAUUGCUACGCUGGGGCGAUAUUCGAGCUCCGUGGCUCGUUCAAUAUUGUUUACGCGCCUGGGUUCCAAGGAUACGAAUCUGCCGACGUCUUCCUCUGGCUUUUUGAGAUCUCUGAUGAGUAUCUGAAUCUUUUGAAAGAACGGCGACAAGAAUCUUUGGCAAUCUUUGCCUUUUAUUGCGUGAUCUUGAAGCGGUUUGAUCCGUGCUGCAUCGACUUUGGAUACGAUGGCCGAUCGAGGAGACUGGAAUGA